CCUAUAUGUAUGGGCGUGUCACCCAUGGCCCGGUCCGGGGACGGUACUGUUGAUUUCACCCUCGGAAUAUGUACCGGAUUGUUGCGCUGCCAUCGUCAUUAUCGUCGUGAAAAUGACAGGGCAACCAGAGAUUGACCAACAUCCUGUGUCGGAUACCGAGAACGCCGAAGAAAAAAGACAAGAGCAAUUUGAUAUUGUUGCGGCAGAGAACCGACUGAGGAGUCAGGCCGUAGCGAUUGAGCCGGAAGAUGACGACGAUGCGGCGAAACCAACGUUGCCGUUUUCUAAAGCGAGAUGUAUUGCUCUUGUCGCCACGGUCACUGGCGCCAGUUUCUUGAAUACCCUAUCAAUUCAAUCUGUUGUGAUUAUCCUGCCAACGAUUGGUCAGGAGAUCGGUAUUCCUAACAGUAGGCAGCAAUGGGUAGUCUCUUCUUACUCCCUUACCUUUGGUUGCUUCCUCCUUCUAUGGGGUCGCAUAGCAGAUAUUUAUGGAAAACGAAACAUUUUCAUAUUGGGAAGUGCCUUCAUGGCAGCGACUAAUAUUGCCAAUCCAUUCAUCCGUAACGAAAUAGGAUUCAAUGUAUUUCGUGGUCUACAAGGGCUUGGUGCUGCCGCCAAUGUACCCACAGCAAUUGGGAUCCUAGGCGUUACAUUCCCGCCGGGCAAAGCCAAGAACUACGCUUUCAGCACAUACGCUGCUGGCGCGCCUCUUGGUUCCGCAUUUGGAAAUAUAAUUAGCGGUUUCAUUGCUUCUUUUGCUAACUGGAAGUGGGUGUUCGGGGCCACUGGUGGAAUUGCGAUUGUUAUCACUUUUGCUGCACUAUUCUUCAUUCCGCCACCGCCGCCAGAUUCAACGAAUAGGCUAGACAGCAUCUCGUCGCCGAAAUCCGUCGAUUGGACUGGUGGUGCCCUUAUUACUGCCUCCAUAUUAGCACUAUUGUUUGCCUUGACGGAGGGUAACGUUGUAGGAUGGGGUACGGUUUGGAUCUAUCUGCUGAUCGUCAUUUCUAUGUUGCUUCUCGCCAUCUUCGUCGUUUGGCAAUGGUAUCAGGAGAAGCAUACGACAAGCAGGCCGCUUAUGAAGGUCUCCCUCUUUAAAGACCCCCGCUUCAGCGCUGCCAUGGCUAUUAUGGCUAUGAUUUUCGGCGCUUUCAACGAUAUGGUUGUUUCCGCUACAUUCCUUUUCCAGGAUUAUCAGGCACUCGGCGCGCUGCAGACAACCCUUCGAUUUAUACCCACAGGUGUCUGUGGGGCGAUCACUGCAUUCGUCGUGAGUCAUCUCAUCUCACGAACGCCUACUUGGAUUUUGCUUUUAUUUGGCAAUCUGAGUGUAUCGGUGUCUUGCCUCUUAUUCUCUGUGCCAAUUCCUCCACACACGUCUUACUUCGCGUAUGCGUUACCGGCAUUUAUCCUUUCGGUGCUUGGUACUGAUACUGGUUGGCCGUGCCUAACCCUCUUUACUUCCAAGACUUUACCUCAGGAAGAUCAGGCGAUAGGUGGCGCCCUCGUCAACGCAAUGGGGCAAAUUGGAAGAGCGAUCGGGUUGGCGAUUACGACAGCAAUCCAGACAGCGGUGAUGGCGAGGGACAGGGGUGUACCCGUAGAGGAGUCGGGUAAGAUAAUGCCUUGGGAACCAGCAUCACUAGCUGGGUUAAGAGCAGGUAUGUGGUUCAAUUUCGCACUUGCGAUCUGUUGCGCGACCACCGUUGUGGUGUUUUUCCGCGGCACUGGUAUUGUUGGCAAAAUUGAGAUUAAGCAACGAUCGGGGAGGGUCCUUGGUCAGGAGGAUAGGGUGGGAGACAAUGCUGCCCGUAAAUAACAUCUUCGCCGCCCGCGUUAUCAACGUUUCGAAAGCUAUGAUGAUCGCUCAAGGCCAUGCUCAAUUCGGCACUUUUUCAUAUUC